UGGGACCGGAAGGCGGGCUUCGCCCACUUCUUUCUUUCUUUGUUUUCUUUAAAUGCGCUUCGUUCUUUUGGUCUUACCGUGCAGACUAUAGAAAAUACAGAUAACCAAAUUCGAAAGGAGAAAUCUCCCGCCACCACUCUGAGACAUUCACGUGUUUAAAGUCCAGUCGCUUCGCGUGGAAAGUUUUGGGGGCGGGGCGGCGUCACCAUUGGCUGAAUGCGCCGCCUUAACUCGAGUGCAUCAGCUCUCCUCGCAAACGGGGAAUUUCUAGCUCCCCUAAGAAUCCUGUGAAUCCCGAACAGCACUCCUGGUUAUGGAAGUUGGGAAGUCCAGAUUAAGGUGCAGCAGAUUUGGUGUCUGAAAAGAAUUUCUGCUUGGAAACUGAAUGGCUUCUAGGAAAAUGACCGUCCGUGUUGUUUUGGACACUAACUAUGCUGAGCUGGUUCUAGAUGUGGGAAAGGUCACUUUCGGGGAGAAGAAUAGAAAAAAAAUGAAAGAUUGUCAACUGAGAAAAAAGCAGAAUGAAAAUGUCUCACAAUCUGUGGUUGCUUUGCUGAAUUCUGGAGGGGGCGUGUGCAGGGCUGAAAUUGAGAAUGAAAACUAUAGCUAUGAAAAAGAUGGAAUAGGAUUAGAUUUGGAAAAUUCUUUUGCCAAUAUUGUUUCGUUUGUUUCUAAAUACUUAGACUUUAUGCAGCAAGGUAAAUAUUUUCUGAUUUUUGUCAAAUCGUGGAGCUCAGAAACCUCUGGGUUGAGGAUUGCCACCUUGAGCUCCAAUUUGUACAAAAGAGAUAUAACCUCUGUAAAAGUCAUGAAUGCUACCGCUGCACUGGAAUUCCUCAAAGACAGGUUAGAAACUGGAGAGGGAUUUUCUUUAAUACCUAAAUCAUCUCCAAAGAGGUACCGUUUAGAUGUACGAGAAGAAAGUAGCAUGAAGGCCUUGGCUGCUGACUUUUUUAAUAGGAUGCAACUCAGGUACAGAGAAAAACUCACCUUUACUGAAUCCACACAUGUUGAAAUGAAAGACUUCUCAACAGAAAAGUUGUUACAACGCAUUAAAGAUAUUCUCCCUCAAUAUGUUUCUGCAUUUGCAAAUACUCAUGGGGGAUAUUUGUUUAUUGGUUUAAAUGAAGAAAAACAAGAAGUAACUGGCUUUAAAGCAGAGAAGAGUGACCUUGACAAGAUAGAAAAAGAAAUCGAACAAUGCAUUAGCAAGCUUCCUGUCUAUCACUUCUGUAUAGAGAAGAAGAAGAUAAAUUAUUCAUGCAAAUUCCUUGAAGUAUAUGAUGAAGGAAGUCUUUGUGGAUACGUCUGUGCGCUCAAAAUAGAGCUAUUCUGUUGUGCAGUGUUUGCCAAAAAGCCGAAUUCCUGGCAUGUGAAAGAUAAUGAAGUGAUGCAGGUGACCGUGGAGGAAUGGGGCCAAUUAAUGCUGGAUCCAAAUUUUUCCAGGUCAUUUGAAGAGAUGAACCUUCAACAAAGUAUGUUAUCACCUAUACCCCUUGAUUGGUCUCUGUAUAAAUAUAAGAAUUUGGAAAGUCAGGAGCAGAGAUAUCACCUUACAGUGCCAUCAGAAAAGGUGACAUAUGUUCCAGAAAUCCUCUAUGAGAAACUGUUCUCACAACACAAAGGACUUGCACAGUUAAUACGUAAUGAAAUAGUCUCCGUUCGUCAAGGUACAUUGAUCUUUUCCAAGAGCUGGUCUUUGGAUCUGGGCUUGCAAGAGAACCAGAAAGUCAUCUGUGAUGCACUUCUAAUUGCCCAGGACCGUCCACCAGUCUUAUACACCUUCCUCAGGGAAAUGAAUAAGGAAUUAAAACGUUAUUCUAUACAAACUGCCUUAACUUUAAAGAAGAAACUGGUAAAAAUUGGUGGUUACAGUGGGAAAGUGUGUGUCAUGACAAAGAUCUAUUGGAGUGAAGAAUCUUCUACAUUGACUGAAGGCAAUAUCAGACUUCUUCAUGAUUCAAGCUCAUCUGCAAUUUACCCUAAGUCCUACACUCUUAUAACCACUCAAACAAUGAGUGACUUGAAGAAGGCCCUUUUUAUAGUCUUGAAGAGACUCGGAACUUUGAAUGACCAAUUUGACUUUGAGAUUUUUCAACACCUCUCAGAUAAUCAGUAUGGAUUACUUUCAGAGGAAUGAAAAAAGGAUGUUUAAAUCUUGUCCAAGGCUCACCUGAAUCAUGGAAAGUAGACCAGGCUACGAAGAUGUUUUUCAUUAUAUAGUCAAUGGUGCUCUCAAAUUCUGGAAUAUAUGCCUUUGAAAAGCUUUGCAAGGAAGACAACAUGAUGGGACCUUGGAAAAUCAAAUUUAGUCUUCAUUUAUUUCUUCCUAAAUGGUCUUCAUAGGUGUUGCUUAAGAGUUAUUAAGAAAAUAAAUUUGUGAAUUAUACUGGGCACAGUUUGUUAUUUGCUCCAUACAUAGUUCAUGGAUAAAUUGUCUUCCACUUUUAAGUUAGGAAAAAUGGCAAUAUUUUUAUUUUUAAUAACAACAGCAAUGGAAAUUCCCAGGAUAUACCCAGAAAACCUUUAUAACUUAGAAAAGAUUAUCAUUGAUGACAUUCAGAGUAUUUACAAUGGAAAUGAAGAAGAAGGCAAAAUUUAUUACCCUUCCCUGCAAAAUUAUCUGCAUUUUCUUGGACGACUUUUACACUAUUCACUUGGAGGAGUUAGGGCUUGUCUAAUGGCUCAGCUGGUACCCUUAAGAACUCAGCAGAAUCGUCAUUUUAACAUUCGGAAUUGAAGGUGAUUUAGAGUUUUCCAGACAGGCAAAAGAUAAAGGAGUUCAUCACCACUAGACUGGUGGUACAAGAAAUGUGAAAGGGUCUUGUUUAAGCUGAAAUGAAAGGGUGCUAAUUAGUACAGAUGGUCUCUGUCUUAAGAUGGUUCGACUUAGGGUUUUUUGACUUUAUGAUGGUGCAAAAGUGAUUCACAUUCAGUAGAAACCAUAUUUCAAAUUUUGAAUUUUGAUCUUUUCCUGAGCUAGUCACAUGCAAUACGAUAUUCUCUUAUGAUGCUGGGCAGUGGCAGUGAGCCACAACUCCCAGUCAGCCAUGCGAUCAUGAGGGUUAAACAACCGAUACUCUAUAGUAUAUUGUGUUGCUUCCUGCUUCUGAUGAGAAGAAGAGGGAGGCAAUUACUCUUGAGAUGAAACUCAAGAUAAUUGCUAUGCAUGAAAGUAGCAAGCCAGUAAUGGCCAUCACAUGUGAGUUAGGACUUUUGCAAUCGGACCAUCUUAAAGGAUAAGCAAAUCAGUGAUGCAGUGAAAUUGUCAGCAUCGGUUAAAUCCACUGUCUUCAUGAAGAAAUUAGCUGGGCUAAUUGAUGAUAUGAAAAAAUUUAUCGACACUAGAGUGGAAGACCAGAUACAGAAGUGCAUACCACUUAGCCUACUGAGGAUCUAGGCUAAGGCAAGAAGUUUUUUCCAUACACUGAAAGAGCAUGCUGGGACUUCCCUGGUGGUGCAGUGGUUAAGACUCUGUGCUCCCAAUGCAGGGGCCCCCCGUUUGAUCCCUGGUCAGGGAACUAGAUCCCACAUGCAUGUUGCAACUAAGAGUUCGCAUGCCACAACUAAGGAGCCGUUGAGCUGCAACUAAGGAGCCUGAGCCACAUCUAAGGAGCCUGCGUGCCACUACUAAGACCCAGC